AUGACACAGACACAUAGCACACAGAGCACACAGAGCACCCAGAACACACAGGACACACAGAAGACACAGGCUAGCAGCGAGACACCAAUAGUAUCAUGGACACAGAGCGGAUUACUCUUAUACAAAAACAGAGUAGUCAUACCAGAGGGACAGGCAAGAUUAGAAGUAAUGAAAGCAAGACACGAUUCGAUGCUAGUGGGUCAUCCAGGAAGAGACAAAACUAUCACCAUGGUCAAAGAGGACUAUUACUGGCCACAUUUGGACGAGUAUAUUGCAAAAUACGUAAAAGGAUGCGAGAUCUGUAACCGACACAAGACUCAUCGACACCAGCCGUAUGGACAUCUGGUCUCUUUACCAGUACCCACACUGCCCUGGACAGAUAUCUCUAUGGAUAUGGUGGGACCCCUACCAAAAUCGACCGAGUUUGACGCGAUACUAGUGAUAGUCGAUCGACUAACCAAGAUGGCUAGAUUUAUUCCAUGUACAACUGGACUAACAGCGAACAAAGUGGCCGACAUCUACAUCAAGGAGAUCUUUUCAAAACAUGGAGUACCUCGAACAAUUGUAUCAGAUAGGGGAACUCAGUUUACAGCGGAAAUUUGGAAGGAGAUAUGUCAGUUCCUGGGAAUAAAAAACUUAUACUCGACUGCGUAUCACCCUCAAACAGAUGGACAAACUGAGCGAGUAAAUCAACAGAUGGAAAUCCUGCUCGGAAUGUAUGUAAACUACAACAUGGACAAUUGGGAUCAACUUCUACCAAUUGCUGAGUUCGCUUAUAACUGUUCGCCACAUAGUAGCCACGGUCUGUGUCCCUUUGAAGCCUGUUACGGCUAUGUGCCACACUACGACAUCCAUUCGCACGAUAUUCGAUCAAAGUCAAACAAGUUGGAGAGGAAAUGGAGGGAUAUGGGAGAGUUACAUGCGGCUGUUCAAGAACAGGUCAGGAUGGCUAAUGAGAUUAGUGCCGAAUACUACAACAGGAGACACAAGAGUAUACCAGAAGAAUUCAGAGAGGGAGAACAGGUACUACUGAGUACGAAGUAUCUUACGACGGAAAGACCCAGUCGAAAAUUAGAAGCAAAAUACGUUGGCCCCUUCAAGAUCAUAAGGAGAGUGGGGAAAAAUGCUUUCGAAUUAGAUCUACCUCCAUCAAUGAGAGUGCACAAUGUCUUCAAUGUCACGUUGUUGGAACCAUAUCCUAGAGACAUGAUACCAGGUCGACAGAUACAACCCCCACCACCUGUAGUAAUAAACGGCCAGGAGGAAUUCCAUGUGGAAGCAAUUGUGGACAGUAGAAUUCGACGAGGAAAGGAGGAAUUCAAGGUAAAAUGGUUAGGAUACACAGGAAAUGCGGCCUAUGACUGGGAACCACGAGAAAAUGUAGAAGAGUUGGCCGUUUUUGGUGAAUUUCUGGAAAAGAGGAAAAAAGAUCCCAGAAGAAAGUGA